AUGAGGCUUGCGGGCUGCAGUACCGCACCAAGAUUGAGGCUGCGGCUGCCAGUACCAGCACCAAGUGAGGCUGCAGCAACCAGACAAGUAAGGCUGCCAGACCAGCACCAAGUGGAGGCUGCAGCACCAGCACCAGGUGAAGGUGUAGUACCAGAUGCGGCUUCAGCAGAGACAGCAGAGCCUGUAAUAGAUACAGAGAUUGCUGUAGCAACUAUUCCAGAGAUGCCUCCAUUAUCUCCAGCCAAAGCUGAGGCCCAAGCUGAGCCGCAGCCUGCUGUUGAAGAGGCAACAGUGCCUCCAGCGGCCCCUGCUGAGACCGUUGCACCAGUAGAGACACCCUGCCCCCCUAUUCCAGCACCAGAGGCUGAAUCUGCUGCUGCUGAGCCGGUCCAGGAGGCAGUGGUUCCAGCAUCUACACCAGCUGUGUCUUCAGAAGCAGCCCCUGAAGCUCCAGCAGCAGCCGUCAUCUCAGAGCCUGCGGUGGACAUUGCAGCCCCAGCAGAGGCUCCUGUGGUUAAGUCCACCCCAGCACCUGCCCCUGAGCCCUCACCUAAAGUAGUGUCGGCAACUGAGGCCUCUCAGGAUACGGAGAGUGAAAAAGCCAAAAAGGAGGAUUGAGUUGAGAGAAGAUAUUCACCAAAAUAACAAAAAAAACCAAAGCUACUGGAGGAAGACAAACACUACAUUUCCAGUAUUGUCGUCAGCGCUCACCAAACUGUACACCACAUACAUUAAUAUGCAUGGUGCCUUAAUAACAUGUCAUUUAGGAAAGAUCAGGAUUUUUCCUACAUUUGUAAAUAUAAACAACGUUUUUCUACUGAGACCUCACGUGCCUCGAGCCACAUACUCUACAUGCAGGCAUACGCAAAGAAACUGCAAUAAAAACACUUAGAACAGGUUAGAUGAGACAGGAGGGUGCAAUAUUCUGUGAAAUCUGUGAACUCUUGUGGCAGUGUGAUGAACUAGGGAAGGACGCUUGCAAAGUAAAUCCUUGACUAUUUAAAAUAGCUGCUUCUGAGGAAUACAAGCCAAACACAACUGUGAAUAAGAUUAUGCAAAGAGCUUGAGGUGACAGAAACAAACACCUUCACUGAUUGAAUCUGAGGUUUAAUGAAGUAUAAAUUCUGCCAUAAAAACACAUUUUGUUGGUGUUUACACAUUGUUUAAUUGCAGCCUUUCUAAUAAGGUUCACUUAAUUAAUAGGAAUGAUAGUACUAAAUGAGUAACAGAGUGUACAGUGUAAUACUGAUAAGCACUACUGUCAAAUCCAUGUUUCCUUUUAAAAAAGUCAAUAUCACUUUAUUGGUUUCAAUGGGAAAAAAAUCAUGAAUAAAAUGUGUUUUUGUUUUGUGGAAGGAAGAAAAAUGAUAUGCAAAAGAUGAGUAAUGACAUAAUGAAUCAUUGCCAGGUUAAGGAUGCAGAUGAUCCAAGUACUGAUAUGUCAUCUUGCAGAUGUUCAUAACACACACAGAAAUGCAUUUCCAACUAUAAAUUUAAGGGCACCAUAAAGGCCUAACAAACAUCUUAUGCACAAUGGUUUUGGCUUGAGUGCAUUACAUACAUGUGUAGCACAGUAAGAAGUCACCUAGUGGACAUGAUUUUUAAAUGAUCAUUAGUUCUACAUGCUGUGUUAAAGUAUAAAGUUCUUAGAAAAUAAUUUCAACUAUGUAAGAUGUGAUUGAUGGAUGUUGUGGGAACAAAAAUUUGUUUUGAUGUCUGAUAUCUUUUUCCAUCUGUGUCUUUCUCUGUAAUAUAUUCAUUUUCUGAGCUUUGUCUGAUUCUGCUAACCUAGUGUACAGAAUAAAGUUUUAC